UGCUAUAGCAACCAUUCUUCUUGCCCUCGUCAGAGUUGGCCAAAAAACCCUCUUUCAUAUGGUUGAGGAAAGACAGGAUAGGUUUUUAUACAGUUUAUGGGAUAUACACACUAGAGGAUAGUUUAAGAAAGUUGGAGAGUGAAAUUGAAAAUGAGAACGAGGACAUGAGAGAGAUUGAAAAUAACAAGAAAAGGAAGAAGAAUAGAUUAAGUUACCGAAGCAAAUUCAGUCAGAAAUCGAGAAAAGAGGAGACGUAUCUCGUUGGGAUGAUAAUCAUGACAAACACAGACGGGAUUUUCAAGAACCCACAUGCGGUUGGAAAAACAGCAGUGCGAUCGAUCAGGAUAACUAGAAAUGGGAUGGAUGGUUAAUACUGUGAAGUUGUUCCACUCCAGCAGAUGGCGGUAAUGCAACGUUUAUUGUUGCCAGACGCCGUAAAACAAAUCAGAAGAAGAAACGCAAAGUUGGCGCUCUUUCUUGGUGGGAACCUUUCUUCGCGGGACGGUUUACACCGGUGCACAAACGGUGAACCUUCACCCCUCGAACAGGUUUAUUGUUUUGAUUUAGCAGAUUGUCUUUUCACGUGAAUUGUAACAAGUGGGUCGACGGAAACAAAUUUAAAAACCAGCAGCGCUCUGGACGAUUUACUCAAACGCGUACAAACGAUGUAAAUAAUGACCGUGUUGACGAGAAAACGGCGCUGUUGUUGACAAAGAUGCUUUCUCCGAGAUAAGCUAGUGUUAGCUGUGUGGCUAACGCAGCUACGUAUCUUUGGUAACAACAUGACGGUGAUGAGGAGCAGCGGUGUGUAGGAGCGACCGACCACACACCUGAUCGCGCCGAUUUCCUUUUUGAUUGCCAAUCACUGAUUUCCCGGAUUGCUCCGUUUGUGUGUCUGGAUAGCUAUAAAACGGCUUUUCCAAUCAAACAGAACAAAACGGAUUACCUUUAACCAGCUGGUUAUCUUCGAAGAGUAGGUUAAUACUUGUAAAAUGUGAUUGCAGCGUUGGAUAUUUGCACCAUUUCUUUUCAAUGGGUGAGGAAAAGCCGGACACGCUGGACUUUGUGAAGGAUUUCCAGGAGUACCUGAGCCAGCAGACUCAACAUGUCAACAUGAUAUCAGGCUCCGUCAGCGGCGUCAAAGAGGCGGACGAGCUGCCAGCCGACUGCAGUCAGAAUGGGCUGGAUCACCCUGCAGUGGACAUGUCACUGGAGGACAACUCAGGGAUCCUAGUGGAUGGUUUUGAGAGGACCUAUGAUGGCAAGCUCAAGUGUCGAUACUGCAACUAUGCCACCAGAGGCACAGCGCGACUCAUUGAGCACAUCCGAAUUCACACAGGAGAGAAACCUCACCGCUGCCACCUCUGUCCAUUUGCUUCGGCCUACGAACGCCACCUGGAGGCCCACAUGAGAUCACACACAGGCGAGAAGCCUUACAAGUGCGAGCUGUGCUCCUUCCGCUGCAGUGACCGUAGCAACCUGUCACACCAUCGCCGCAGACGCCACAAACUCCUGCCAAUGAAAGGUGCUCGCUCACUUUCCCAUAAGAAGAUGUUAAGUGUCUUGCAGAAGAAGGCCAGCUCACUGGGCUAUGGCCGCCGACUCCUCAUCAACUUCAGCCCCCCAUCUAUGGUGGUGCACAAGGCUGACAAUGUGAAUGACUACUCCCAUGAACUACCCCACUUACGUCAGGAGACCUAUGAUAAUCAGAGUCAGGCAGGCGAGGACGGGAUCUCCGCGAAUCAAAAUCAUCAUCACCAUGAUAUGGUCAUGGAUAACCCCCUGAACCAGCUGUCCACCCUGGCAGGCCAGUUGGCCAGCCUCCCUUCAGAGUCCCAGGCCCAGACUCAACCUCCCAUGUCUCCCGGAGCCGAGUCUAUUGUCGACGAGAAGCCUUUCCUCAUCCAGCAACCCCACCCUGCCACAGCUCCUGUGGCUGUCACAGCCAGCAUGGCCCAUGCCUCCUCCUCUUCCCCAAUCACCCCAGAACCCCGAGCUCCGCCACACAGCAACUGCAGCCCUGGAGGGGGACCCUGCAGCGAGCACAGUGGGCGCACCAGUACCCCUAGUAUCUCCAACAGCCAACCCAGUACACCAGUCCCAGGCCUGUCUGCCCCACUCCAGGACCCCCACAUGCUGCAUCACUGCCAGCACUGUGACAUCUACUUUCCCGACAACAUCCUGUACACCAUCCACAUGGGCUGCCAUGGCUACGAGAACCCAUUCCAGUGCAACAUCUGCGGAUACAAGUGCAAGAGCAAGUAUGACUUUGCCUGCCACUUUGCCCGCGGGCAGCACAAGUAAAGUGAAUGAAUGAGGAAAAGAACUUUAAACGGACAGCUUUGUUUUAUUAAUUCCAUAGUAAUUUUAUUUAUUGGUCUUUUACUUGGCCUUGAUGUAGCCUAGCCUUUUGAAAGUUGUACUUAUACAGGAAAAUUCAACAUUCAGAUGGUUUCUUUUGUAUAAUUAAUGGUGCCCAUUCAAGUGUAUUAUAAAGGGAUGAUCAGUGUUUUCCACAGGUUGAGAAUUUACUUGUGGUGGUGAAGGGAGUCACUUUCAUUGGCUAUCAGAAAAACACCUCCCUAACUUGGAAGUUAGCAAGACUAAUAUUUGUCACCUUAUUUAAUGUAGUAAGUUACCAAAUUUACAUUAACCAUUGGUUUUUACAAAUCCAUUCUUUAGAAGUGCAAUGCUGUGCAAAUGUUGGAGGGUCUCAAAAGCACAUAAUCUCAGCUGAUGGGCAAACUGUUCAAAUACGUCUGCAUUUUUAAACACAAUGCCAUGCAGGCCUAACAUAACUGACAAAAUAAAGCCAAGCAGGACGUUUUUUUCAAUCUAUAUGGUGAUUUUAAUACACUACUGAGGUCACUGGAAACCAGUGGCUGCAGGAAGGGGCUCAUGUGGCUCAGGAGGUAGAGCAGGUCAUCCACUAAUUGCAGGUUCCCUGCUCCUCCUGUCCAUAUUUUGAAGUGAAUUUGAGCACUUUCCUUCUGAGUGACUUUUGAUGCACAAAAAAUGCAGGUGUAGUCCUUUUUUUGAUAGGACACACUAUAGAUUUUGACGAAAUCAGACACAUCCAUUUGCUAAAAUUAAUGUUUUUAUUGACAUCCUUGAACAUCACCUGAUGGAGGACUGUAGCUCACCUGUGCCUGCCAAAGAAGUUAAGGGGCGAGGAGCUGCUCAUAUAGCAAAAUGGCUCUUACACUCAAUAGCAUCUCCCAUUUGAAAAACUACAAAAUGCAAACAACAAAUAAACAAAUCUAUAUGAGUGGGCCACCCAAAUAAAUUCUCAACACUCCUGUAGCUAUAUCUAAAGAUUGCUCUGAUGAUACUAACACAGGAGUGACACUGUUGGCCUAGAGUGAUCUUACUUGAGCCUUGUUGAAAUUAUUUCAGUGCUUUGAUGCAUUACAACUAUUUCUUUGCAGUGCCUGACAGAUUCACUUUCUUGUGUGUCCAAGAUCAAGAGGACUGUUACUUUGAAGUUUAACAGAUAUUAUUACAAUAUCCUAUUCUUCUUCUUUGCCCAGGACCAUAAGAAGAAGGUUUUUGCCAUUGUAGUUUUCUAUGGUAGCCAUGAUUUUGCCAAAAUUCUGCUCCAUGAAUGCUGCUACGUAACUUUGGAAUCAAUGCCAGCUGUGGCAUCCACAGUAAAACCUGGCCAAACUUUAUAUCAGUGGUUUUUGGUCAGCCAGCUAACACGUUAACUAGAUUGUAUUGAAGUCGUAUUAUUUUUGUAGUUCCUCCACACAGUGCCCUUCCGUUACCAGCACGUUACGGCAACUUCACUGUUUUUUUUGUUAAAUUAUGUUAAAUUACAUUAUAUCACAUUCUGAUAUUUUGAUAUUGUAUGAAGUCACUUUGAUAUCCAGUAUCUUCAUGUUUAGGACAGAAUCACAAUGUCUUGUGUGACAUGUGAACACUUUUUCAGAAAUUGCCACGUAGCACAGGGGAUGCCACGUUUUAGCCUUUUGUGAUAACACACACUGAGAUUCCCCAUCGAUCAUAUGGAUCCCAGUGCUUUUCUGAAUAUUUACUGCGUAUUGUAUUCUGAGUGGUUGGAUAGAUGUUCAGUGUAAAAAGAAAAAAAAACAUGUUGCAGUAAGACUGCUACUUUAGCAAGAUUGUUCUUUGUCUCGGGUACUGUUGUCUGUUGCUUAGCAACAUGUGUGAAGAACAUAGUUACUGUUUUUAGGACCACCUCUUUGUCACCAUGCUUACCAGUAAUAGGGGCAUCCAGUAAUGACUGCCUUAUGUUCUCUCAGUGUGUCGUAGGUUCAUAGGUAAUGGUGAACGUUGAAGCCUUUUGGCGAUCACUCUCUCCCUCUGGGAUGGCAAAUCAUUUUAUUGUGAGAUGGAUUAAUCUAACUAAUUUAUAAGUAAAGUGUUUUCUAACA